CUAUUUUUUUUUAUUAAUUUUAUUAAUUUUAGAUAUUUUCUAUUUUUUUUAGCUUUUUUGUCAACACUUGUUUUUAGUUAAACUAACAGAAAAGCAAAACAGUGUACAAAAUUAAAUGUGCAUAGCUUUGAAAACUAAAAUAUUACAUAUAUUUUUCAAAAAAAAGUAUUACAUAUUUUGCAAAACAGUGUACAAAAUUAAAUGUGCAUAGUUUGGUUGGUUACAACACUUGCUAAUUUUCCACUUGACCAACUAGUAGCAUUUUGUGUCCCGUUGUCUUCUUCUUUUUUUUUUGCAAAAAUUUGAUGCAGUCCCGCUGUCUUCUUAAAGAUGCACUACUAUGUAUGACUGAAUGAGAAAAAUGAUCGAUGCUGGUCAAAAGUAAAUAAUUACUACUCACAACAUUCGAAGAGCCAAAUUAACAAAGAAAAAUAACUCUUUGAUCCAUUCAAUUCAUAUCCAGUAUAGCUACAUAUAAAUAUAUGCAUAGUGAGAGUGGUUAAAGCCAUGUAGACGAAAUGGAUUUUUCAAAUACUCUAACCUGUAGUCAUUACAACAAUACGCAGCGUAUACUUCUGGUUGGAGAAGGAGACUUCUCCUUUUCUUUAUGUCUAGCCAAAGCUUUUGGUUCGGCUACUAACAUCACUGCAACUUCUCUUGAUACUCGAGAGGAGUUAGAGCAGAAUUAUAAGGAUGCCAAGAAUAACGUAGAAGAGUUGGAGCGACAUGGGUGCACCGUGAUUCAUGGUGUUAAUGUUCACUCCAUGGGUAAAGAUCAUCGCGUACUCCGGUCGGUUGUAUAUGAUAGAGUCAUAUUCAAUUUCCCUCAUGCAGGGUUUCAUUUUGGUCGCGAGUUUGAUAGCUACACCAUCUUGCAACACCAAAGAGUGGUGAAAGGCUUUUUUCUAAGUGCCAGAGAGUUGGUUGAUGCCAGUGGAGAGAUUCAUGUGACCCAUAAGAUAGCAUAUCCAUUUACCAAUUGGAAUAUCAAGACACUUGGUGAAGAAGAGGGUUUGUAUUGUGUCAGAGAAAUUAAUUUUGAAACGUGUCAGUAUCCAGGUUAUUCCAACAAGAGAGGAAGUGGAAGUGACUGGGACGUUAGCUUCCCUGUUGGAUUAUCUUCUACUUUCAUGUUUAGGAAGCACAUGUAACUUUGUUGAAAGUGUGUUCUUGGAGAGGUUCAUUUGAGUUUUAUUUGUAAGUGUGGGCUACAGCCUACAAACGAAGCCGAGCCUAAAAAGGCUUGUGCAUCUCUUUAAUUUUUCUUCAUUUUCAAUAUAUUUCUUUAUUAAUAAACAUUUUUAUUCCACAGCAAAAAGUAAUUUUAAAUUAACUAAUAGUUUUUUAAUUAUCUUUUUUUUUUAAGUGUUUGAUUGUUUGAUUAUCUAAUCGUGAGAAUUUGUCUAUCAACCGAAACAAAUAAAAUUGAUGAGUUAUAUAGUCAUCCCUAUAUUUUUGUAAAAAAUAGUCAUCCCUAUAUGUUUAUUUCAGUUUGAUUUUAUAAAACAAAAUUGCAAAAUUUUGAUAUUUUAUUUUGCAUUUAUGAAUUUUAAAUGUAUGUAAUUUUAAGCUAAUAUUAUAAAAACCACUUUAUGUAACUGUACUUGAAAAUUAUGAAAGGCAAACUUAAACAUGAAAGAUUAUUUUUAUAUUCAAGUUUAUAAAUUUACAGUGUUUAACGAAAUAGA